UUUUUAAGAUUUCUUCACGAUACAAUAACUAAAAGAUAGGUAAUAACUACCGAUCAAUUCUAUUUUUUUAUCAACGUGGCUUAUGGUGCAAAAUUCAGUUGUGUUAGUGUGUGUAUUCUUUUGAAUUAUGCGAAAAUCGUUUCCAAAAUAUUCAAAAUAAGUUGCUACAAAAAUUCAUAAUCACUUCGUAUGUAUGGGCAACAUUUGUGACGACAUAAUGACCACAGGGACAUCCAAAACUACAGUUACGAGAUAACUACUCAAGCCGACUACGGGGAUAUUCAAGGAUAAUGAAAGGACAUACAAAACGUACAAAGGGCUUCCACCGUAUUAUUGAAGUAGUCUUCAGGAUUCGAUUGAUUGUUGUCUCACUUACCGAGGACAAUGUUGCUGAUCUCGUGAUCGCACAUCUAGUGUUCACUGUCCCGAUUCUGUCGUCGUCUGUCUUUUUACACCCCUCCACCCACCACGUUUGAAAACAAAAAAAGACUAAAUGCCCCCAAUCACUUUUAAUAUCGCAGCCCUUAACAAUGACGACCAUGAAUUGAAGUAUUUCUCAACCGCCAAUAUCUUCAAAUCAAUCAGCCACAUUGUAGGUGUUCUGUGAAGCACAAACAAGGGCGUGAAUGGCUCGAACCAUAAGUCCACGACCUCGUUCUCUCGCUCUCUCUUUCUCUCUCGCUCACUCCGCCUCAGUCCCAAUCGUUAUCGACAACGCAUUCACAUAAAAAGGCAUUGCCAAAUUAUCAAAUUCGAACACCAAGAUUUCCCAAGAUAUAUUUGAUGGUCGACAGAGAUGCUGUGUCGUCGUAUGCGGUUCUUUUGAUGAGUCAGUACAUCGUGGAACGUGUCGCACUUCUAACGUGUUCUGGUCCCUACCCCAAAAUGUGGAAUAAAAACCAAUAUGUUGGUCGGAUAUUUGUCAUACUUUUGGUGCUGAAUCUGGUAGUGAUUACAUUUCUAAAUAGCGAAAAUCUGCUGGCGAAAUGGGAUAGGAGCACCAAAGUCUGGAGCCGUGAACCAGUUGUGGUUAAUGUUAGAGAUCGCUUGUCCAUAGAUCGAAGAGAUGGUCCGAGCAAAUCGAAAAUAUAUGACAAUAUUGGCCGGGAAAUACCGUUUCUACCGAUUGAGGACCUCACAAAUGCUGACUACGGAAAGCGCAAUCUGAACAGUUCGUGUGCAUGGUACCCGACGUUCCACAAGGUACGCAUUCACAACGACUACUGGCAGGAGUACCACAAUGGCAAUGUCACAAAUUUCAUUUUCGGAGCUUAUCUAGACCGGAGGCCAACCAUCACUGGUGGUAAGCAUGUGGUCCGGGUCUUGACCAUGAUGAACUUCAUGCCACAACAUUCCAACGAAUAUCCAGCCAGCUACUGCCAGCUGUGGUACGAUGAACAGUCGCAGCCGGAGAUUGUACCGGUGACCAACAUACGCCCCAUUUGGCUGUAUGCUUGGGGUCAUGGUUCGGGGAACAACUACGCCCACUUGUUGACUUGCAUUAUUCCCCAGAAGUACUACAAAUGGGUACCUAAAUCUGUUUCGUUGGUUGCCUCGCCCUGCCACCAGGCCACCAACAACGUGAGGGUGAUCUAUCAGCCGUUGGGAGAACACGAGGAGAAGAAGGGUUUUGCCGUGUGUGUCAAGGGCUUGGACUAUCCAUACGGCGACAUGUCACAUCGCAUUGUGGAGUUUAUGGAAACCUUGCGUGCACUGGGCGCCGAGAAGGUGACCAUGUACAAACUGCAGGUGCACCCGAACACAACCAAGGUGCUAAACUAUUACGAGCGCACCGGGUUCCUGGAGUAUUUGCCCUUCAGCUUGUCAUUGGAGGGGGCAAACUCACCAGACUACCGACACUUGCAAAUAGCGCAAAACGCUUAUGGAUACAUCCUGCACGAGGUGGUACCCUACAAUGACUGCCUGUAUCGGAACAUGUACCGAUAUCAGCAUGUGGCCGUGAUUGACAUCGACGAGCUGCCAACGCCGGUUGGCAACUUUUCGAAUUGGCACGACCUGAUGGAGUAUGGCGAACAUAUCCACACCCAGAACUGUCAGAGAUUCGCCAGCUUCUGCUUCCGUUGCGUCUAUUUCCCCAAGUAUCCGGAAAAGCCAACCUAUAGCUCCGACAUUCCCGAGUAUUUCUACAUGAUGCGGCAUGUGUAUCGGGUGAGAGAGCACAUCCGCCCAGAAUGGGCCACCAAAUGCCUACACAACACAGACUGGGUCAUAGCAACGCACAACCACUUCCCGAUGCACUACUCCUGGGAUGUGUGUCCCAGCUAUUCGUUCGAUGCCGCUGAUGCGCAGCUCCAGCAUUACCGAGAGCCGCUAAUUCGAAAGACCCUCAAUGACCCAGUAGUCGAUACAAAUAUGUGGCGUUACAAGGACGAGGUAAUAGCCAGAUCCCUAAAAGUAUUUGAGGAGCUCAACUUUUUCGAAAAGGAGACUAUACACGAGGAGGACUAAAGUGACAGCUGUCUACCCUCACCGCUGACCGAAAACGUCCAUCCUCCAAUGGACCAUAGAGCAACUGCAUGCCAGACGCUUUUAUUGGGAGAAUACUUGAGCUAUAGCAGAUGUAAUUGCUUGUUUCUUUAGUUAGUGUAACAUCUUAAACUAGGGGAGAUUCGAUUUUAAAUUGAUCAAAACGAUAAAAAUAAUAAUAAUGAUAACAACAAUAAUAAUAA